AUGGUUGGAUCAUUUUGUGUUUGUUACAGAAAGAAGAUAGACAUGUAAGUAAGAUUUCUCUCAGCAUCUGCAUUCUGUGAUGAUAGUGAAUUCCUCUUGAGCUUAGAGGCGUGAAUGCCAAAAUCAGUUUAGGGACGUAGAUCAGGAGAGUACUAACUGUGGGCCCCAUUUCUCACAUUUUUCUCUUUCUUUUCUAGGCUUUCAAGGCUGAGAAAAGUGUUUUCCUGGUUGGGAAGGAGAAAUAAGAUUUCACCUCUCCAUGAGACCUGCUCCUCACCCACAACCUCCUCCUCCGCCUUCCCCUUUGGACAUAAAAGGUAAAACGCUUCUGCAUAUAGAUGUUGCUUCCAGAGUAAUAUUAGUCCCUAAGUAAGGCUUCUUACGUGGGUGGCGCUGUGGGUAAAACCUCAGUGCCUAGGGCUUGCCGAUCGUAUGGUCGGUGGUUCGAAUCCCCGCGGCGGGGUAAGCUCCCGUCUUUCGGUCCCAGCUUCUGCCCACCUAGCAGUUCGAAAGCACCCUAAGUGCAAGUAGAUAAAUAGGUACUGCUUUCUAGCGGGAAGGUAAACAGCGUUUCCGUGUGCUGCGCUGGUGCCGGCUCGCCAGAGCAGCUUCGUCACGCUGGCCACGUGACCCGGAAGUGUCUCCGGACAGCGCUGGCGCCCAGCCUCUUAAGUGAGAUGGGCGCACAACCCUAGAGUCGGACACGACUGGCCUGUACGGGCAGGGGUACCUUUACCUAAGGUUUCUUAGCAAAGGUCUCUCUGUAACUGUCUGAGUCCUGUUUCGAGGCUCAGAAAAUAAACAUAUCCCAUGUGACUCUUUGUUUCCCUGUAGGCUCUGCAGACCUCCUGCCAGCCAGAACUGA